UGCCGCUGGCGCCCAGCAAAAUCGAGCACACGGGAAAGCGGACAAGAGGAACACUGGACAUGGGCCGGGAGACGGAGAUGGAGGAAGAAGCGCGGGAGAAUGGAGGCGUAGACUCUGUGCUGCCUAUGGCCUCGCUCAUCUCUCCGUCUGGGAACGAGGUGCAGCUUUCUGAGCUAGAGGGCAAGAUCAUAGGGCUGUACUUCGCUGCAAACUGGUACCCCAAGUGCGAGGCCUUCACCCCGGCGCUGACCGCCGCCUACCACCGGCUCAAGGAGCACGGCGCCGGCUUCGAGGUCGUCUUCGUGUCGUGCGACGAGAGCCGGCCGUCCUUCGAGAGGUUCCACCGCGCCAUGCCGUGGCCCGCCGUACCCUUCGGCGACAUCGGGUGCAAGAAGCGCCUCAGCGAGCGGUUCCAAGUGGAGGGCAUCCCGCGGCUGGUGGUGCUCGCUCCGGACGGCGAGGUCAUACAGCCUGACGCCGUCGAGCUCGUGCACCGCUACGGAGACCGGGCCUUCCCCUUCACGUUGGCGAGGGUGGCGGAGCUGGAGGCCGACGAGCAGCGCAAGUUCGCGUCUCAGACGCUGGAGAAGAUCUUCUCUAUCAACGGGAAGGGCUACGUGAACGGUAGCCAGCAACAGGUUCCCAUCUCGAGCCUAGUCGGGAAGACGGUAGGGCUCUACUUCUCGGCUCACCGGUGUGCGCCAUGCAUAAAGUUCACCGCGAAGCUGGCCGCCAUAUACAUCAACCUGAAGGGCAAGGCCCAGGACUUCGAGAUAAUCUACAUCCCCAUGGACAAGGAGGAGGACGGCUACCUGCAGUCUUGCAGCGACAUGCCGUGGCUGGCGCUGCCGUACGACGACGGAGCAUCGUCGGGGGCGCUGGCCAGGUACUUCGACGUUCGGGAGAUCCCGAUGCUGGUGGUGGUAGGGCCCGACGGCAAGACGGUGACGAGGGAGGGCAGGAACCUGGUGAACCUCUACUUCGAUAUGGCGUUCCCGUUCACCGACGAGCAGAUCAGGCUGCUGCAGGAGAUGGAGGACGAGGCCGCCAAGGGGUACCCGACGUCGCUGCGCCACACCGGCCAUCGCCACGAGCUGAGCAUUGUUUCCGACAAGUCGGGAGGAGGGCCGUACAUCUGCUGCGAGUGCGAGGAGCAGGGGCUCGGCUGGGCGUACCAGUGCAUCGCCUGCGGCUACGAGAUACACCUCCGGUGCGGCCGUGACAUGGAAGGCGGCAGCGCGGGGAGUAUCGGUUAACUGGUUAAUUAGCAGAGGCACCUAUGAACAAAUGGAACAUGGUGUGGUGUGUGUAUAUUGUUCUCAACAAAGUUUUGUCUGCUGUAGCCGGUUAAUUACUACUAAUAGCUAUUUACCCAGUUGCAGUAGUUCUACUAAUCGAUAGUGUAAGAAAAUGGAGACUGCAUGAGAAGCCAAAUACUAGAUAAACACAAUGUACUAUUAUUCAGAAAACGAUGUAACAGAACCGAUUUUUCAUACAGGCUACGGGUACAAACCAUAUU